AUGCACUUCAAACAUGUAAGCGGUACAUCUAAAAAAGGUUCGGAAAAAAAGAGCGCAAUUCAAGAACAGUACCUACAGGUUUUGAUGCCACACGCUCACCUUCCAAAUCUAUCCACCACACAGCGCAGAUCGACGACGACGUGCCCACCACAUUUGGAAGCGGCCCUGCAGCGACUGGUGCCGGGGCGUCGAAUGCACGCGACGCGCCGCCACCAGCGCAGCUCCGUUCACCAGCUGACGGGAUUGCGGCGCGGCGAGCGGCCGUCGCCAGGCGAUCGCAGGCCUGCACGCCCCGUCCAAUUGGCGACUGCCGCGCAGCAGGCGCGCGCCAUCGAGGAUCGCAGGUCUGCGUGUCGACGCGCUCGCAACGCAAAUACCAAUUUGGUAGCGCGAGAUGCAUGCGUGUGCGCGCACAGCGCCGACGAUGCCCAAAUUUGGAUGUGGCCCGCGGGUGGCCCUGCGCGCGUCGGCUCGAAGUGCCGAUUCUGCCAUCGCUCGAUCGGUGCGCCAUGGCAUCGCAGCGGAUUUUCAUCUUCGACAUCAUGUCAAUCGCAAUUGGUGGUUUCACGAAAGCAGCGAUUGUGGGCAUUUACCCUUAAUAGCGGAAUAGGUCCACUAGCCAUGUACAAACGUAUUAGCACGCUCUUUGCUCUAUGCCUUGUCUGCCUUGCAGCGGUGGCGUCUUCGGUGCGAGCUCAGGCGAAGUUCGACCUGGAGCCUUCCCUAAAGAUUCUCCAAGGUAGUCUGAUGAUCAAGACGGAGUCAUUCACGCCACAUGACUGUGCGUUUGAAAUGGGCUGCGUUCUUGGAACUGGCCCGAGAAAGCUGCUGAAGCUUGCAGGUGCGAUCGGUAACAACGGCCCCGAUGAUUUUGUGGUCGGCAACCCGGCGGAUCAUCCCAAUAUUUACACCUGGGAUACGUGCACUGGUCAGUUCAUUACGCGCAAACCCAUGCUGAACUAUUCCAUCUGGGAUUCGGCAGGGAACCUUGUGCGGAGUGGCAAGAAGGAGAGCUUCUGCAUGGAGGAUCUGGCUCGUUUCCCUGAGUACACUGGAAACCCAGCGCUCGUGCCUGCGGAGCCUGUCCAUACCUGCACAUUCCAGGGUAUCAGCGUCGGCUGGUGCGAUAUCUACGAUGACUCGCUGCCGUGCCAGUGGAUUGACAUCACGGGCGUUCCUUCAGGUCACUACACGCUGCGUCUUGAAUGCAACGCGUAUCACAUUUUCAAGGAAACGACCUAUGCGAACAACGUCGUCGAGACACCAGUGACGAUCACCUAA